UUUAUGACAGCCGGCUAUCAGAAAAAUCAUCGACAAACUUAUCGACAAAAAAAAUGCGUUUUUAUAGUUUGCGAAAUAAAUUUAUUUAACUUUUUUUCCGUUUGCUCAUUUCAUGCAAUAAAAUCCAGUUAAUUGUGUCAAAAAUCGUUUAUUCCGAACAGUUGCAUCGAGUUUGUAUUCAAUUCAACGGAAUAACAUUGAAUUUCGGUCGCGAAAACAAAAUCGGUAAAAACAAAAAUGUCUUUCGGCGGUUCGUCAAAUCCACCAUGGCAGAAAUAUUCGAUGGGUAACCAAAUACCCAGCUUACAGUCACAAAUGGGCCUGCCCAAUCCAAACCUGGUCGGAUUUCAGGGUAAUCAGUCACUUUUUAAUCAAAAUAUGACGAUGGGCCACCAACAACACAGCAACAUUCAGCCAUUGAUACCAUUGAGUGGUAGUGGAAACUCAUUUAAUCAACCGAUAAGUUAUCCGACACGAGGAAAUAUCAAUCAAGGCGGAUAUCAGCAACAACAACAGCCAAACAAUCAAAAUCAAGGUCAGAAGACGUGCAAUAAGACGGGAGUUGUGACCAAGAUCCAGAGCGACUACGGGUUCAUCGAUGAGGAAAUUUUCUUCCAUAAAAAUGUGUGCAAGGGAACUUUACCGAAAAUCGGUGAUCGUGUUUACGUCGAAGCAACAUUCAGUACAAAUUCCGCUUUUAAGUGGAAUGCUACCAGAGUGUAUCUCGUUGGUGGAACAUCUGGUAGCGGUGGUGGCAGUGGUGGUGGAGGUGGUGGUGUUGUUCGCAAUCAACAAACAAGUAAUAAUCAUCAAAAUCAAAGAAGUGGAUCGCAGUUCGGCGCUGUGCCUCCACCAAAUAGUUUCGAACGCUCUGGAGGAAGAUCUGCUAGACAUCAAGCAUCACCGCCACCUCGACGGUUAUCACCCGAUCGCCAUUCAAGACGCGAUUCACGACCGAAGGACACGGAAGAUGAUGAUCGAAAGCGCCGGCGCGAUGACCGUGAUAAGGACAAAGACCGUAUCAAGGAUAAACGUGAUCUUAGUAUUGACAAACGUGAUCACAGUCCUGCCAGGCGAACGUCACCCAAAAGACGACGGACGCAAACGCGUUACAUGGUCCAAGUUCCGAAAGUGACAUUAAAUUUGGUCGAAUCGGAUGUGUUGGAAUUACGACGCCGCUACACAAAUUUGUAUGUUCCGUCCGACUUCUUUUUCACCAACAUUCGUUGGUCACAAUCGUUUCCACCGAAUGCCACAUUUUCCAUUCACAAGCCAUGCUCAUUUCACAUCAAGCACCGCAGCGUGGAAAAUAUUAAAGAAAAUGAAGCCGUUCUCAAUCCACCUGAUGCUGAUUAUCUGUUCUCAGCCAAGGUCAUGCUAAUGGGAAUACCACCAAUGUCUGAGAUUUAUCGAAAAUGUUUUGCAACCGCCGAAGAGAAGGAAAAGGAUCGAGACGAUGACCGGAAUUUCGUUCAUCCAACCAGACUUAUCACUUUUCUAGUCGGACUACGCGGAAAACAUGAACCGUGUUGCAUUGGCGGACCAUGGAGUAAAUCGCUGGAUGGUGCUAAUCCCGAAAGUGAUCCGUCCGUUCUGAUCAAAACCGCUAUACGCACAUGCAAGGCUUUAACUGGUAUUGACUUGUCGCCGUGCACGCAAUGGUACCGUUUUGUGGAGCUGUAUUAUCGUCGAUCAGAAAGUAUUCAUAAGGGUCGUACCAUUCCGGCACGUGUCGAAACGGUGGUCAUUUAUCUGCCUGAUGUGCGUUCGUGUUUGCCAACCCGUAUUGAAUGGGAUGGUCUUUCUGCAAAUUAUAAACAGAAAAUGGAGGAGGUUAUCAAGGCCAGCGAAUCGGGAACGGCGGAUGGUGCUGAUGCAGUAUCAUCAACAUUGUCAUCAACAGCAAAGAAUAAUGAAAAUUCGGAAAAGGGACCUAACGAUGGUGCUGACUCGAAUGGAAUUGCUGAUUCCAAUGCGUCAGUCGCGGUCGGAGCAGCUGAUGGUGAUGCAGAUGCGGCGAACGAUAAGGGUACCGAACGUGUGCUAAAACGUGAACCAACCCAUUUUUCCGAACUGGAUCCAAAGACGAUGAAAGUUAACGAUCUGCGCGAAGAAUUGGAGGCCAGAAGUCUAUCUUCAAAAGGACUCAAGCCACAGUUAGUUGGUCGUCUUGCCAAGGCACUAAAGUCUGAAGAAACCGAUGCCGCCACACCAAUGGACGAGGAUGGGGAAAAUACUGAAGACAACAACGCAACGAUGGACGGAGACGAAUUGGAUAUGACGGAUAUUGUAGUAAUUGACGAGUACGAUUCAACCAAACCGGAAGAACCAAAACCUGUUCCUGAAGGACCAACACCGAUUGAUGAACGUGAGAGACGUCUACUCGAAAAACGCUAUCAACUACCCGACAAUCCACAAAUUAUCGUACAUCCGUCACGUACCGCGAAAGGUGGUAAAUUCUUCUGUCACAUCAUGUCUCUAUCAAUACUGCUUGACUAUCGCCCGGAGGACACCAAGGAACAUUCAUUCGAGGUUUCACUGUUCGCUGAAUUGUUUAACGAAAUGUUGAUCCGGGACUUUGGUUACAACAUUUACAAAGCUCUCUCGGCAUUGCCUGAUAAGCCGAAGGAAGUAACUGUCGACGAAAAGGACAAGGACAAAGAGAAGGAAAAAGACGCAAAGAAAGACGAUGCCAAGAGCGACGAUGAACCGAAGGAAAAGAAAGCCAAACGAGAUGAGGACAGUAAAACGGACGCAAUUAAGCCGAAAGAAGACGCAAAGGACAAAAAAGAUACGGACAAGGAGAAAUCUGUCGAUACGGCCGACAAAGAUAAGAAAUUGGUUCGCGACAAGGACAAAGACAAGGAUAAGGAGAGAAGUCGUCGCCGUCGCGACGAUGAAGCUGAUGAUGACACAUUUUCGAUCCGAUCGGGCGAUCCCAGGCGCAAGGACAAAGAUCGUCAAAAAUACUUCACUGUCGAUCCGGAUUUGCUGUUGUCAUUCGUAUAUUUCGAUCAAACACAUUGCGGAUACAUUUUCGAGAAGGAUAUUGAAGAUCUGUUCUACACUCUUGGAUUGAAUUUGUCACGGGCACAAACUAGAAAAGUAGUCGGAAAAGUCAUUUCCAGAGAUUCGUUGUACUAUCGAAAGCUGACCGACAAACCGAAAGACGAAAAACCCGAUGGGACCGUUGCCGAAGUAAAGGCCACUGAAGCGGAAGCUGUGGAAAUUGAUUACGAGGUCUUGUCGAAAGGCAAUAAAAUCUACUUGCCAGUAUUCAAGGCGACAAGGACUGAAUCCAUACAUCAGUCAGAUAAUGUUGAAAACGGGCAAAAAUCGGAGGUCGUCAGCUCUGAAACAGGCAUGGUCACAUAUAAGGGCGGACUCGUCGACAUCGAAAAGCUAAUGGAACAAAUGAAGCGUUCGGAAAAGGCACGCGAUGAAACCGAACAAUUGUUGGUUGAUUUGCGUAAAACGAAUUCAGAGCUCGUUGCCAGUAACACACGAGCAAAGGACAAAAUAAAGGAUCUGCAAUCGAGUUUGAAGAGUUCCAAUCGUAAACUCAGCGACACCGAACAACAAUUGAGCAGUGUAAACAAAAAGAGUAACGAGUACCAUUCCAUACUGAACAGCAUACACGAUCGUGUGGCUCCAGUUUUCGCAAAAUCCUCACGUGACCGGGACCGCAAGGACAGAAAUCGUGACGAUCGAGAUAAUAAAGAACGAGAAAAGGAUAAGGAAGACGAUAAAGACAAAGAAAAAAUCAAAUGUGAAAAGGACAAAGAGACGGAAAAGGAUGACGGACUGGAUGUGGACGUUAAACCGGAUAAAGAGGAGAUCAAAGCUGAGUGUACGGAUGUGAAGGUGGAGUCGGAGACCAAUUAGAUUUUUUUUGUAUACAACAGAACUUAUAUAGUCGUCACGCGUUUAUUUGAAUUAACGAUUUUCCUUUUAUUUUACACGAUUUAACCACAUGGCAGUUGAAAUGUUUUAUUGUGAAGAAAAUGCAUUGGCAUAAUGUGAAUUGAAUAGUGAGUGAUACUCUAAACCAUUAUCCAAUUGAAUUUUUCCGUUACUUAUAAUUCUCUCCCUUUUUGACAUGUCACCAUUAAAACCGAAAAAAAAUUGCCGAAAAAA